AAAACAUAUCACCCAGUCGUCCUGGAAGCAGAUGUCGCUUUGCUAACAUUAAAUAGCGAGUGAGAUCGAGUCAUUAUAUAUGCCAGUAAGGAGCCAUGAGUCCAUUCUGCGUUAGUAAGGUGAAGUAGAAGCCACCCUCCCUGUGACUCUGUCUUGCCCUUGAGUUUCAGUCUGCGACAUGGCUCAUGCUCAAGAAAUUCAGCUCCAAAUCAGAGGUGUCCCGGAACAAGAGUCCGGGCAUGGCGAGAACGACUCUGGACCAAAAGCAGCCGGGCGUGGGUCGAUGGGAGGCAGCGUGCGGUGGUGGCUGAUGGUGGCGGUGGACAUGUUCAUGGUGCUCUGCGGCCAGACCGUGGCCACCCUCCUCGGCCGCCUCUACUACAACUCCGGCGGCAACAGCAAGUGGAUGGCCACGCUCACACAGUCCGCCGGCGCGCCGCUGCUCGCCGUGCUCCUCCUCUUCACGCCGCCGCCCUCCGCCGACGAGCCCAGGCCGGCGGCGGCCAAGAUGGUGCCCGUCUACGUCGGCCUCGGGGUCAUCAUCGGCUUCGACAACCUCAUGUACUCGUACGCGCUGCAGUACCUGCCGGUGUCCACCUUCUCGCUGGUGGCCGCGACGCAGCUCGGCUUCAACACCAUCACCUCCCGGCUCAUCAACGCGCAGCGCUUCACGGUGCUCAUCGCCAACUCCGUCGUCGUGCUCACCUUCGCCGCGGCGCUGCUCGGCAUCGGUGCCUCCUCCGACGAGACCUCCAGCAGCGUGCCGCGGGGCAAGUACGCCGCAGGCUUCGUCCUGACGCUCGCCGCCUCGGCCGUGUUCGCGCUCGUCCUGUCGCUCUUGGAGGCCACCUUCGAGAAGGUGAUCCGAGCGCGGACGCUCCGGUGGGUGUUGCGGGCGCAGGUGUGGACCGGCCUGGUGGCGUCGGCGGUGUCGGUGGUGGGGCUGCUCGCGUCGGGGGAGUGGAAGACGAUCCCGGGGGAGAUGGCGUCGUUCAAGAACGGGAGGGCGAGGUACGUGGUGACGCUGGUCGGGACGGCGGCGUCGUGGCAGGUGAUGGCGGUGGGCACGCUGCGGCUGAUCUCGAGGGUGUCGUCGCUGUUCGCCAACGUGACCGGCACGCUGUCGCUGCCGCUGGUGCCGGUGUUCGCCGUCGCGCUGUUCGGGGACAAAAUGACCGGGAUCAAGGCCGUCUCCAUGCUCAUGGCGGUGUGGGGGUUCCUCUCGUACGCGUACCAGCAGUACAUCGACGGCCGGCGCGCCGCCGCCGGGAAGGGGAGAGCGGCGGGGUGCCGCGUUUGCGCCGCGCGCGCCAGUAGCGAGCCGGACUCGCCCGCGUGAGGGCUCGCUUUUUCUCACGGCCCAACAUGCCGAAUUGUCGAAAGUAGCAGGCCUACUUUUCACCUGGGCCCUCAAUACGGAGAGGAAAGAGAAGUUUUGGCCCAUCUCCCUAGGUAGGCCCACGGGCCUGUAGUGUACUUUAUACCAUGUACCCCUUGGAAGUACAUGAAUUUUCUCCAAGUAAACGAAUUUUCCGCUGCGAAAUAUCUAAAUUUACUAAGCAAUUGUAGAGGUCAAAUAUUGGGCCCAACUUUUUUCUUGUAUUGUCUGUGUGAGUCUGACAACGGCCCAAGUAUCAUGUGGCCUGUUUUAUAGUUGUUUCACAGGAGGCCCAACCACUAGUGACUAGUCACGUCAUUGACAUCUGAAUAUCUGAUGAAGUUUUCCCAGACAGAAGCAUAUCUUCGA